UGCCCUAACCCUUGUCCUCCUCUCCCAGUUUUAUCACGUUCCGCUCCUGUGCUUACCUGGACAAGAAGCACACCAUCUUUGGGCGGGUUGUUGGGGGCUUUGACACGCUGACAUCCAUGGAGAAUGUGGAAAGUGACCCCAAAACUGAUCGCCCUAAGGAGGAGAUCCGCAUCGACGCCACCACGGUGUUUGUGGACCCUUAUGAGGAGGCCGAUGCUCAGAUUGCCGAGCAGCGGAAGAAGACGCAGCUCGAGGUGGCCCUGGAGGACAAAGUGAAGACCAGUCAGCCCCAGCCGGGGAGCCAGGGCCCCCAGACGUACCGCCAGGGGGUGGGCAAGUACAUCAACCCGGCCACCACGAAACGAGUAAAAGAGGAAGAACCAUCAACCAGUACAGCCGCCCCUGUGGCCAAAAAGCCCAGCCGAGGUUUUGGGGACUUCAGCUCCUGGUAGCAACAGGCCAGAUGCUCUAGAUCCUGGGACAGCCUGUUUACUCAGCAUGGGUCCCUGACCAGCACUAUCACCUGGUACCUUGUUAGAGAUACGGAUUUGCAGAGCCCAGACCUGAACUGGAGCCUCCGGGGGCUGGGGCUCCUCGGGAUGUGAUGCGACAACCCUCAGGGGUUCUGAUGGAACUGGAGGUUGAGGACCCUGGACUCCAGUCUUAGUGUUACUUUCAAAAGCCAUUUCCACCACCCCUUGCUGGGGCUCUCAGGACCGGACUUAAGCUUGAUCCUUGGUUGUUCUCUUUUCCCAUCUCUGAUGCUGAAGCUGCAGGCCAAGCCCUGGCUCCCUGGAUGGCAGGCAGAGCCUCCCUGCCCCGCCCAUGCCCCUCGCCCACCUCCACGCACUGCCCAGGGACCUUCGUGACACAGCUCUGCCCACUGUCAUCUUGCCUUGCACCAGUCACUGACACCUCCUCCCCAGCCUGUCCCUCUGCAGCUGCCCCUUCUGUGAGCAGGGCUCUGGCUCUAGAAUGGCCUUCUAAUCCCCUCCCUCACCCCCUUGCCCUCCUCCAGGCUGUCCCCAGUCCCUUCUUGUCCAGCUGCUGCCUGAUAACUCACAUGUGUAAAAGCAGGUGGGGGCUUAGGGGUCAUGGUGAGCGCCUAGGUGAACCUGAACCUGCAGGCCCAAGCCAGCACCCAGGAGGGCACAGGGCGUGUGCCAGAGAGGCCAUGACCCCAGGGGAGGGAUGGCCAGCACGUCAGGAUGGGUAGAGGUGCAGUUUCCCUAACUGUAAUUACGCUUUUCUCCGGCCACACACGAAGCCCCCGACCAGGCAGUGAGCUUGGAGAAGCAGGACUGCAGCAGCCCCCAGACCCUGGAGGAGCGCCGAGACCCAACAGCCCUUUGGUCCCAGUGGGUGCUGCAGUAAACCAGGGCUCAGCCUGUUGACAACGAGCACAAUUUAAAAGGAGAUGUUUGACAUUGGAGGCUUUAUUUGUAAACCUCACACAGACAUAGGACCAAGGGCUGGCAGCACGGCCAGAGGAGGCUGAAGGUGGCGUGUGCUCGAGCUUGGUGGUCCUGUUCCUUAAGGCAAAGCUUCUGGCUGUCCCCAGGUCGCUGUCUGGCAGUCCAGCCUUACCCAGUAGCCUGCACCUGCCCUGAGGGAUGGGCCACACAGCCUCACCCACUUGCCUCCGCCCCCACCCCCACCGGGCAGAGGACAGGCCCGCCGGGGGCUGUUUACAAGUGAGGGUUCACAUUUCUGUAGUUCGUUUUAGAGCUUAAAUUUUAGUUUUCUAGAUGUUAAAACCACUUGGAUUUUGUAAUUACCUGAUGAAGUCAUCAGAUAAAUUAAAGGACUUAUGGAAAAAUUCUCA